ACCAGUAGCAGAGCCCCGGGCUAUCCUUUACUCACUAAGCAGCUGUUCGGUCUCAGCUUGUCUUCCUCUUCAUCCGCAACAAAGCACCAAGCAGCUCUCAAAUUCCGUUCGCGGAGUCAAAAUCAUCGUCCUCUCAGAUGCUCUGCUUCUCAGGCCGUUGAAACUGCUAGUGAGAAGAAGACUCAGUUAAUGAGAAGAAGCGAUAUAAGGAAUAUAGCUAUUGUAGCGCAUGUAGAUCAUGGAAAAACAACUUUGGUUGAUGCAAUGUUGAAGCAAGCUAAGGUCUUUCGCGAUAACCAGUUUGUACAGGAAAGAAUAAUGGACUCGAAUGACCUUGAGCGGGAAAGAGGAAUUACAAUACUAAGCAAAAAUACUUCUAUAACAUAUAAGGAUACAAAAAUCAACAUUAUAGAUACUCCAGGACACUCUGACUUUGGAGGUGAAGUUGAACGCAUUCUCAAUAUGGUUGAAGGGGUUCUCCUAGUGGUGGAUUCUGUUGAGGGUCCAAUGCCGCAGACAAGAUUUGUUUUAAAGAAGGCACUUGAGUUUGGCCUAGCAGUUGUUGUUGUUGUCAACAAGAUUGAUAGACCUUCUGCUCGGCCAGAUUUCGUUAUUAAUUCCACUUUUGAGCUAUUUAUUGAACUAAAUGCAUCAGAUGAACAGUGUGAUUUCCAAGUAAUAUAUGCGAGUGGUAUCAAAGGAAAGGCAGGACUGUCUCCUGACAAGUUGGCAGAAGAUCUUGGACCUCUUUUUGAGGCUAUAACUAGAUGCAUACCUGGACCACGAAUUGACAAAGAUGGUGCACUACAAAUGCUUGCAACAAAUAUUGAGUAUGAUGAACAUAAAGGGCGUAUUGCUAUUGGGCGCUUGCAUGCAGGGGUUCUGCGGAAAGGAAUGGAUAUCAGGGUGUGCACCACGAAAGAUUCAUGUAGAUAUGCAAGAGUUAGUGAACUUUUUGUUUACGAGAAAUUUAGUAGAGUUCCUGCUGAAAGUGUGGAAGCUGGUGAUAUUUGUGCUGUUUGUGGAGUUGAUGAUAUUCAGAUUGGGGAGACUAUUGCUGAUAAAGUAUCUGGAAAGCCGUUACCUGCUAUUAAGGUGGAAGAGCCAACUGUGAAAAUGUCCUUCUCUAUAAACACUUCCCCGUUUGUUGGUCGUGAGGUAUGCUAUGUACGAGCCGGGAAUUUACGAGAUCGUCUCUACCGUGAACUUGAGCGGAUCUUGGCUAUGAGAGUUGAAGAUGGUGAGACUGCAGAUACAUUCAUUGUCAGUGGUCGUGGUACCUUACAUAUUACCAUACUAAUUGAAAACAUGCGAAGAGAAGGAUAUGAAUUUAUGGUGGGACCUCCUAAAGUUAUUAACAAGAAGGUGGAUGACCAAUUGCUGGAGCCUUACGAGAUUGCCACUGUUGAAGUACCAGAAGAACACAUGGGUUCUGUGGUUGAACUUCUUGGGAGAAGGCGUGGGCAGAUGUUUGAUAUGCAAUCUGCUGGGUUGGAAGGAACAACACUGCUUAGAUAUAAGAUUCCAACACGGGGUCUUCUUGGAUUGCGAAAUGCAAUUUUAACAGCUUCUCGUGGAACAGCAAUUCUAAACACAAUAUUUGACAGCUAUGGACGUUGGGCUGGUGAUAUUACUACCCGGGAUCAGGGUUCAUUGGUUGCCUUUGAGGAUGGAACAUCUACUUCUUAUGCCCUUUCCAGUUCACAGGAGAGAGGACAGAUGUUCAUUGGUCCUGGAGUGGAUGUUUACAAAGGUCAGAUAGUUGGCAUCCAUCAACGACCUGGGGACUUAUCCCUCAAUGUUUGCAAGAAAAAAGCGGCUACAAAUAUUCGUUCCAACAAAGAACAAACAGUUGUCCUUGAUACACCGUUGGAUUACAGUCUAGAUGACUGCAUUGAGUACAUUCAAGAGGAUGAGAUGGUGGAGGUUACUCCAUUGAGUAUUCGAAUAUGCAAAAAUCCAAAAUUUGCAAAGAAGACAACUAGGUAAACAUGUUGGUGAGCUGAUUAUGGCCAGUGGACAUGCAAGUCGAACUUCUCCCAAGAGCCAAUCCCAAUAUAUGAUACAGCCACAUUUUUCUCUUGUUUUGCAAUUAAAGUCCAUCUUACUUCUUGCUUGGUUCAUACGAUCUGCUGUUUCUCUCGCAUCAGCAUUUGAAGCUCCCUUCUAGGCAAUGAUUCAUAUACCUCGACCCAUGUGGAGAUGUGAAGGGAAUUAAAUUUUGCUUUUGGUACAAUUGCUGUAUAUAAUAAUAGGAGAUUUUCGUGUUGUAUCUCUUAUAAUAAUGAUCCUAUAGCAAAUUAUAUAUGUUGCUACAAGAGCACAUGAUUUACGACCUGUUUACACUGCAAAAGUGGGAAAAUUUUACGGAUGUCAAAUUUCUGUA